CUUUUACUUUAGAGUUUGGAAAGGAUAUUGGGAAUUGAAUCUGGGGAAAGUGUCGAGGUCAGAAUUUAAUGGGAUGGCUUACACUAGCUCCGAGUUUAAUGUGCCUGAAUUUUUUGUUUACAAUCCAAAUCCUUAUGCUGGCGGUUAUGAUAUCACUCAAACCUAUGGAAAAUCCUUUCCACCUUCGGAGGCGAUUUGUUAUCCUCGAUCGAGUUCCGGUUCUAUCUCCCCACCGAGCGAUGAAAAGGUCGAAUACACGGUGGAGCCACAUAAAGGGAGCGGUAGACGUAGACCAAAGGGGACUUCGGAGGAAGAGCAGCUGCAUUACGGUGACAAUGGGAAUUGGCUUAAUGGCCUCUACCCUUGGUAUGAUGAUAAUAGAGAUCACAUAUUCUCUCAUGGCCAUGGCAAUGAAUAUGAUGAUAAUGACUACGGAAGCGGUUUUUGGAAACCUGUUGGCUCGUACCAAGGUAAGGAACAGGAGGAUGGCUAUUUUGGGACUGGGGAAAUGCAGCCUAUUUAUGAUCACCAUCCAUGGUCUAGCUAUGGGAAUGGGUAUGGAUAUGGAGGACAAGAAAAUGGUUAUGCCUAUGCUGAACAAGAAUCUCUAUCUUCAUAUGGCUACUUUUUGGAUGGGACUGGGAUUUGUGCUGAUCUUUUCGGUAAUUUCCCGUGCUUGUCUCGCAAAGACCAAAAAAGAUAUUGUCAACAAGAUGGAGAGGAACAAAGCUAUGGUGAUCAGUGGAAGGGAACUGCAGAGUAUUUUUUUGGAACUUCGAAUCCAUAUGGGGAAAUAAGGGAUCAAGGUAUAACAUAUGGAGAUCUUAGCCAAAAGUAUUACUAUGAAUAUCAGGAAGGACGUUACGACCAGUAGUGGCUUCUGAAGCUGCAUCCUCUUGGAGCUUAUGAGGAAGUGUAUCAUUGAUCAAAGAUGUAAGGACCUUGUCAUUGGUAAGCUUUGGGUUGGGGACGCUUCUAAUACCACAAAUGCAAAGGGAUGUGGUGCUUAGCCCUGGUGAGCUCAGCAAAAAAAUUUUGCAAAGUGGUGUCAUAAUCUUAAAAUACCUCUUGAAUAACAUCCUACCCACUGUAUUAUCUAACGGUUGACAUCUUUAAUAUCAUAUUUGGUUAUUUGUAUAAAACAAUGAAAUGCAAAAUAUAAUGUACGAAUAUGAUCAUCUAAGUUUUAUCUGCUACA